AUGAGCGGGAGGAUUCUCUCCCACCGUCUUGUUCCGCUCUUGCGGACCGGCCUGUUGGCCCGCCAUGUCCAUAAUGCUGCGGCGAGGACCGGGGGUCUGCUUCGAUCUGACGGCAGCAGUGUGCUGCGGGGCCGGGCCUGGCCCAUAGGCUCGAAUGCGAUUCAUAACAAUGUGCCUGCUGUGCGGGCGAUCUCCUUUACCAGAAUACUCCCCAAGCUGGCUCUGAAGCUGGUGCGGCUGCCGGCCAUGUUUGGGGGAGCUAUGGUGGCAGGCUUGGCUUAUUUUCAAUACCAAGCUACACAGGCGGGAAACUAUGCUUUGGAUAUCAUAAGUCGGGCGGGGCAAACGGCGGGCGAUGCGGCGUCGAGCUUGUUCCAGGAAAUCCAGGGUAUGGCUGAGCAAACACAACGCGGCUGGCAGAAGACAACAGAAGACGUGGGGUUACCGGAAUGGUUGCAGAAGAUUUUACGCAUGAACGAAGACCCCCAGUCCGAGAAUGGUGGUCCCGGACGAGGAGGAGGAAAACCCCCGAAGGAGAGUCGACUCGGUGCGGCGGCUGUUGCUACGGGCGCAGCUUUCGGAUACGAUCAGUCUGACGAGGAGGAUAGCCGCUCGGAUAGGAAGAUUGCGGAGGACGACCAGAUGAUGCUUCUCACGCGGAAAAUGAUCGAGAUUAGGAACAUACUGCAGAGCGUUGGUCAGUCCAAUACGCUCACGCUGCCGUCGAUCGUGGUCAUUGGUUCCCAGUCUUCCGGUAAAAGCUCGGUUCUGGAGGCCAUUGUCGGCCACGAGUUUCUCCCGAAAGGUUCGAACAUGGUCACCCGGCGGCCCAUAGAGCUUACCUUGGUCAACACGCCGAAUGCGCAAGCUGAAUAUGGAGAGUUCCCAGCCCUGGGCCUGGGGAAGAUCACAGAUUUCUCCCAGAUCCAGCGGACAUUGACGGAUUUGAACCUGGCGGUUCCGGAGAGGGACUGCGUCUCUGAUGACCCCAUUCAGCUAUCUAUCUACUCCCCAAACGUCCCCGAUCUCUCCCUUAUCGACCUUCCGGGCUACAUUCAAGUGGCGGGGCACGAUCAGCCUCCUGCGUUGAAGCAGAAAAUCUCCGACCUGUGCGAUAAGUAUAUCCAAGCGCCGAAUGUCAUUCUGGCUAUCUCCGCGGCGGACGUUGAUCUCGCCAACUCGACUGCUCUAAGAGCCAGCCGCAGGGUAGACCCCAGAGGCGAAAGAACAAUCGGUGUCAUAACGAAGAUGGACCUUGUUGAUCCGGAACGAGGCUAUGGCAUCCUCACCGACAAGAAAUACCCUCUCCGUCUGGGCUACGUCGGCGUCGUCAGCCGGAUUCCUCAAACGACCGCGCUAUUUUCUAGGGGCAGUGGCAACGUCACCGGUGCUAUUUUGAAGAACGAACACGCCUACUUCUCCGCUCACCCAUCGGAAUUCGGGUCGCAGUCUGAUGUUUCCGUCGGCGUUUCCACUCUGCGCACAAAGCUUAUGCAUGUCCUCGAGCAGACGAUGGCUUCAAGCCUAGCAGGUACUAGGGAUGCCAUCAGCCAAGAACUCGAGGAGGCUACAUAUGAGUUCAAGGUCCAAUACAACGAUCGCCCUCUGAGCGCUGAGUCAUACCUUGCGGAGAGCUUGGACAGCUUCAAACACUCGUUCAAGGCGUUUGCUGAAAGCUUCGGCCGGCCUCAGGUCCGCGAGAUGCUGAAAAGCGAACUCGACCAGCGGGUCAUGGACAUCCUGGCCCAGAGAUACUGGAACAAGCCGAUAGAUGACCUGUCUGCCCCACUACCCGAAUUAGAUCCUCUCAGCGAUCUUCCCAAAGCUGACCCCGACUCCCUGUACUGGCACCGUAAGCUGGAUGCCUCAACCUCCUCGCUCACGAAGCUGGGAAUUGGCCGACUCGCCACCACAGUCGUUGCAACCGCAAUCCAAACGCAUGUAGAUCGCCUAUUGGCCAACUCCACCUUCGCGACGCAUCCGUACGCUCAAAAGCAGAUCGUCGAUUCGUGCAACAGCAUCUUGAACGACCGGUUCUUCAGCACGAGCGAUCAGGUCGAGAACUGCAUCAAACCAUUCAAGUUUGAAAUCGAAGUCGAAGACCCAGAAUGGACCAAGGGAAGAGAAAACGUCAGCAGAGCUCUCAAGGACGAGCUCCGAGCCUGCGAGGCGGCCUUCAAACGCGUGGAAGACUCGGUCGGACGGCGCAAGCUCAAGGACGUGAUGUCGUUUGUCGACAAGGUCCGCAAGGGCGAAGUCGUCCUGGAAGGCGACGGCGCCGGCGGUGCAGGCGGAUUCAGCUCCGCCCUCCUAGCCCGAGGCCGAGAAAGCGCCUUCCUCCGCGACCGCGCCGACCUAAUCAAGAUGCGCCUCCUGGCCGUGCGCUCCAAACAAUGCGCCUCCAAGAAAAACAAAUACUACUGCCCGGAAGUCUUCCUCGACGUCGUCGCCGACAAACUCACCUCCACCGCCGUCCUCUUCCUCAACGUCGAGCUCCUCUCCGAAUUCUACUACAACUUCCCCCGCGAACUCGACAUGCGUCUCGGCCGCCACCUCUCCGACGCCGAGGUCGAGCGCUUCGCCCGCGAAGACCCCCGCAUCCGGAACCACCUCGACGUCAUCAAGAAGAAGGAGCUCCUCCAGCUUGCCCUCGAGAAGAUCGAAAGUAUUCGCCAGCUUGAUGGUCGCGGUAAGAAUCGCUCCAAUGACCGUCCCAUGGGUGCCAGGGAGCAGCGGAAUCGGGGCUGGAAUCUGUUCUAA